GAUAGAUAAGCACAUGUAAGGGGCAGAAACUAAGAACCUAGCCUGACUGCGUCUGGACAUCACUCUUUACGGCAUGAAGGAGAAGGGGAUUAGCGCUGCCUAGGGGCCAAGGCUGGCCAAAGAUAUCCCUACCCGGCCCCGCCGCCUCGGGCUGUUGUCCGCCCGCGCGAAGUUGUAUUAUGUACCGAGUUUGCUGCAGUCCCCGUGGAUUCCUCGGUGCCCGGCCCCCGUGGACCCAGCUCUACAAGUACAGCCUUUGAAAAUUUAUAAGCUGCACAGCACAAGCACUGCCAGUGCAGGACACCAUCCAUCCAAACCACACACCUCAAUCCUCACGAUGUCUUCAAGCUGGUCAAGUCUAUCAUCGGUCGAUAAGCAAGCAUUCUAUUCGAUACUCGAUGAGUAUUUUGAAUCGAGGCCCCACCUUUUUCAACAACAGUCUAGUGGAACCAAUGGCGACAAUUUCUCAGCAAUCUCGAAUUUAGCCGGUGCAAACCCGAAGAUGACAGCUUCCGCACUCAAAUCCGCCGGAGUACCACCAUCAUUAGCCAAACCAUCAAACGUAUCUGCCGCCUCAUCUGCCUCCAAACAUCUUAAUGGGAUCGGUAGUAAGGUCGGUCAGCUAUCCGGCAAAUUCGGUAAUCAUUUCGCGAAUUCAGAACAGACCCAGCAGCAACCUCAACCUCCUAAUGCCUCAUCAAAACCGGCCAAUAGCUUUACCAACUUGAACAAACUUGCAGCCACACCGCCCAUCAGCAACCAGAAUUCUUUUGCUCCACCACCAACUCGUCGUGUAGCGCCUUCCACGAGGGCGUCAUCGUACUCACAAGCCCCUCCCCCACCUGCUCCUCCAGCAAGGUCGAAACCGCAUCAAGAUGAAGAAUUAGUGGAAGCUCUGUACGAUUAUGAGGGCACCAGUCAGGAAGACUUGUCUUUCAAAGAGCAUCAAAUCAUCAAAGUCACCGAGCACAUCUCAGACGACUGGUGGAAUGGACAGAUUAAUAACGGCCCUGUUGGAAUGUUUCCCUCGUCUUACGUUAAGCCGAUUUGAUAUCUUUCAUUCUGUCUAAUUCUGUGUUUUUGGUGUCUCAACAUCCUCCUCUUAUUUUCCCUGUUCAUGUACCCACUUAACCAUCCCUUGAGCUACUAUGCGUAAUCGCUUGCACAUUAAAUGAACUCUUCCCUCUUUAUAUUUCUUUUUUAGGAUCCGAUUUUCAUUUUCUCAUACCACCAUCAUAUUGCCACAUCCUUGUAUUUUUUCAUAUCAACGCUGAUCGUUUUUCUUACGCCAAGGGUGACCCUGUUGAAAGAACGUUUAUAGAUUUUUUUACUAGAAUGUUCAUGAGGUCAACAUGUAGAUUGUGUUUGAGCCGACACACUCAUCCAAAACUUCAUCCUCUUCAAGCUGGAGGAAUCAAAGUGCACAGUAGAAACUAGA